GAGGUAUUUAUACUUUUUCUUGUGGACGUCAACGGUAAUGAAGUUGAUCUUGCUGCUGCUAAAAUUGCUAAGGAUGACAAUAAGAACAAGACAAUAUCAGAUGAAGGAAAACUUACAAGAGAAGGCAAGGAUAUCGUUGAUAAUCUGGUAAGCGUAUUGUCUGAUAUUGAUUUAAAAUCCCGUCGGGCAUACCUCUUCCAAAUCACUUGUAAUACUUGCAUCGUGUCUACUCUGGAUCUUGCAUGUAACGGGCUAUAUGUG